UGGCUGAACCCCCUGUUCCGAAUCGGUUACAAACGCAGGCUCGAAGAAGAUGACAUGUACGAGGUACUGGCGGAGGACAGGUCGGCGAGUCUGGGGCAGGACCUCCAGAGGUACUGGGACAAUGAGGUCCGGAAGGCGUCCAAGGACAUGCGGGCACCGAGACUCUCCAAAGCCAUCAUCCAGUGCUACUGGAAGUCGUACACUGUGCUGGGGCUGUUUACUCUCAUAGAGGAGGUGAUAAAGGUUAUCCAGCCAGUUUUCCUGGGGAUGAUGAUUGAGUACUUUGAAAAUAACGACAUGUCCGAUGAGGCGGCUUUUCAUCGGACGCUGGGAUACGCAGGCGGGCUGACCAUCUGUACCAUCGGCCUGACGGUGCUCCAUCACCUGUACUUCUACCAUGUCCAGAGGGCGGGCAUGAAGAUCAGAGUGGCCAUGUGUCACCUGAUCUAUAAGAAGGUGCAGAUGAAAACAAAGAACACAGCAAGGGAUAGCAGAGUCAGAUCAGACAGUGCUCUGUGUCUAAGCAGCUCAGCCAUGGGAAAGACCACCACAGGCCAGAUUGUCAACCUCCUCUCCAAUGAUGUCAACAAGUUUGAUGAUGUGACCAUUUUCCUGCACUUCCUGUGGGUGGGGCCCCUGCAAGCCGCUGCUGUCGUGGGGUUACUGUGGAUGGAGAUCGGUCCCUCCUGCUUGGCAGGAAUGGUGGUCCUUAUGUUCCUCAUGCCGACCCAAACCAUGUUUGGGAGGCUCUUCUCCAAGUUCAGGAGUAAGACGGCCGUCCUCACCGAUAACAGAAUCAGAACGAUGAACGAAGUGGUGUCUGGAAUGAGGAUCAUCAAGAUGUACGCCUGGGAGAAACCGUUUGCUUCUCUGGUCUCUGAAGUCAGAGGAAAGGAGAUCUCCAUGAUCAUGAAGAGCUCCUACCUGCGAGGCCUCAACAUGGCCUCGUUUUUCUGUGCCAGCAAGAUCAUCGUUUUCAUCACCUUCACCCUGUACGUGCUGCUGGGGAACACCAUCUCUGCCAGCCGGGUCUUUGUGACCGUGUCACUGUACACGGCGGUGCGGCUGACCGUCACGCUCUUCUUCCCCAACGCCAUCGAGAAGCUGUUCGAGACCCGUGUCAGCAUCCAACGAAUUCAGGUGCUGCGCUUUGGUGAGUUCUUGAUGCUGGACGAAAUCACAAAAGUCAGCGUUGCUACGCCAGAGGAGGAGAAGAAGAACACCGUGGUGGAGGUCAACGACCUCACCUGCUACUGGGAUAAGAGUUUGGAUGCCCCGUCUCUGAAGGACAUCUCCUUCUCUCUGACUUCAAAACAACUGUUGGCUGUCAUUGGAACAGUGGGAGCUGGGAAGUCGUCUCUACUGAGCUCCAUCCUGGGAGAGCUUCCGUCCGAUAAAGGGCAGCUGAAAGUCCGAGGUCGGCUGACCUACGCUGCUCAGCAGCCCUGGGUGUUUCCCGGAACCAUUCGCAGCAACAUCCUCUUUGGGAAAGAGAUGGACCAUCAGAAGUAUGAGAACGUCAUCAUAGCCUGCGCUCUAAAAAGGGACCUGGAGCUGCUCCCAGAUGGUGAUCAGACUCUCAUCGGCGACAGGGGGGCCACGCUCAGUGGGGGGCAGAAAGCUCGAGUCAACCUGGCCAGAGCUGUGUAUCAGGACGCGGACAUAUAUCUACUGGACGACCCUUUGAGCGCUGUGGAUGCUGAAGUGGGUAGACAUCUCUUUGAGCGGUGUAUCUGCGGGCUGCUGAAGAACAAGCCUCGCAUCCUCGUCACCCACCAGCUGCAGUACCUGAAGGCGGCCGACCAGAUUCUCGUCCUCAAGGAGGGUCACAUGGUGGCAAAGGGGAAGUACAUGGAGCUGCAGAGCUCGGGAUUGGACUUCACCUCCAUGUUGAAGGACGAGGAAGAGGAGCACCACCUGCAGCAGCCUCUCCCAGACAUCCCGCCCAGGAUCAGAACUCUGUCCCAGAAUUCCUCGCUCUCCCGGACCUCCUCGGUCCAGUCAGCCAAAGACGGCGACCACCUGCCGGGAGAGCACGUCCAGACAGUUCCGGAGGAGAGCCGAGCUCAGGGAACGAUUUCCGUGGGUCUGUACGUCAAAUACCUAAAAGCUGGAGCCAACGUGGCUGUCCUGCUGUUUGUGAUCCUGAUCAACCUCUUGGCUCAGGUGACGUACAUCAUGAAUGACUGGUGGCUGGCGCACUGGGCUGAUGAGCAGGAAAGGCUAAACCAAAACCAAACAAACAUCACAAGUGGGGCAAAUGCCACCAAAGAGCUGGACUUGCCUUUCUACCUGGGGAUCUAUGGAGGCCUGACCGUGGCCACCAUCCUCUUCGGCUUUGUCAGAAACCUCCUCCUGUUCAACGUGCUGGUGAGGAGUGCCCAGUCCCUGCACAACAGCAUGUUCAAGGCCAUCCUCCGAACCCCCGUGCGUUUCUUUGACAUCAACCCGAUCGGCAGAGUGCUGAACAGGUUCUCCAAGGACAUCGGACAGCUGGACGCCAACAUGCCCUGGACCUUUGUAGACUUCAUUCAGGUGUUCCUGCAGAUUCUCGGGGUUAUCGCCGUGGCGUCUUCUGUGAUCCCCUGGAUCCUCAUUCCCGUUUUUCCCCUCCUAAUCGUAUUCAUCUUCUUACGCCGCUACUUCCUGCAAACCUCCAGAGACGUCAAGCGCCUCGAGUCCACGACUCGGAGUCCGGUCUUCUCCCACCUCUCCUCGUCUCUUCAGGGCCUGUGGACCAUCCGGGCCUUUGGAUCCGAGCAGAGGUUCCAGAAAGACUUCGAUGCGCACCAGGACCUGCAUUCAGCCGCCUGGUUCCUGUUCCUCACCACCUCCCGCUGGUUCGCCUUCCGUCUAGACUUGAUCUGCUCCGUCUUUGUCACCAUCACCACCUUCGGCUGCCUGCUGCUCAGACACCAGCUGGAGGCUGGUGACGUGGGACUGGCUCUGACCUACGCGGUCACGCUGAUGGGCAUGUUCCAGUGGGGCGUCAGGCAGAGCGCAGAGAUGACGUCGGUGGAGAGAGUGGUGGAGUACACCGAGCUGGAGAGCGAAGCACCCUGGGAAACCAACAAGCGCCCCCCUCCCGAUUGGCCGAGCAAAGGCCUGGUGUCCUUCGACCAGGUCUGCUUCUCCUACAGCGACGACGGCCCGCCGGUGCUGCAGAACCUGAAAGCCAUGUUCAGGCCCAAAGAGAAGGUGGGUAUAGUGGGAAGGACCGGCGCUGGGAAGAGCUCCCUGGUCUCGGCCCUAUUCCGCCUGGCCGAGCCUCAGGGGAAAAUCUACAUCGACGGGGUUGUGACGUCGGAGAUCGGCCUCCACGACCUGCGGCAGAAGAUGUCCAUCAUUCCUCAGGACCCGGUGCUGUUUACAGGCACCAUGAGGAAGAACCUGGACCCUUUCAACCAGCACACCGAUGAAGAGCUGUGGAAUGCUCUGCGAGAGGUGCGUAACAGCAACCUGAUAAGGGAACUAAACUAA